UCCGAGUAAGAAAGUCACAAGAAGAAGAAUAAGAAGAACUCAGAGUGUUCUCUCUCAUCUUUCUCUCCAUUUGUCGCCACAGAUUCAACUCGUGGGCCAACAAAUGGGCUUUCUUUCUGUAGUCAAUGAUAUAUAUAUAUAUAUAUUUAGAUUCUUCUUUUGGUCUUUGACUUGUGUGGGUGGGUGUAAUUAAGACUCGGAUUUGUACAAAAACGUGUCAGAGCUGAUCUAACUAACCAAAGCCACAGAGAGAGAUAUAGAGAGUAGAGAAGCGUUUGAGUAGGGUUUCCAAGAGGCGCAUAUUAAGGAGAAGAAGAGAGAAGAGAGAAGAUCAGAAUCUAUCAUCAUCAUCAUCAUGUCAACUGAAAACAUUCAACAUUCUUCUCUCCCUACUCAAAGGCUUUUGGGUAAAGUGGCGUUGAUAACCGGAGGAGCCACAGGGAUAGGCGAAAGCAUCGCUCGUCUGUUCCACAAGCACGGUGCCAAAGUCUGCAUCGUCGACGUCCAAGACGAUCUCGGAGACAAAGUUCUCAAAACUCUGUUAGCCAACUCGGAGGAGUCAGCUUGUUUCAUCCACGGUGACGUCACACAAGAAGACGACAUCAGUAACGCUGUUGACUUCGCCGUCAAGCGUUUCGGGACACUUGACAUACUCAUCAACAACGCAGGAGUAAGCGAAGCACCGUGUCCGGACAUCCGCAACAACAGUUUAACCGAGUUCGAGAUGGUCUUCAACGUCAACGUGAAAGGAGCUUUCCUAGGGAUGAAACAUGCGGCGCGUGUGAUGAUCCCCGCCAAGAAAGGCUCGAUAGUCUCUUUAUGCAGCGUUGGCGGCGUUGUCGGAGGCGUUGGUCCGCACGCUUACGUCGGCUCCAAGCACGCGGUUCUAGGUUUGACUAGGAGCGUUGCGGCAGAGCUAGGACAGCACGGGAUACGCGUGAACUGCGUUUCGCCUUACGCGGUUUUGACCAACCUCGCGCUGGCUCAUUUGCCUGAGGAUGAGAGGACGGAAGGCGUGGUCGCUGGUUUCAGGAGUUUCGCCGCUGCGAACGCGAAUCUGAAAGGUGUUGAGUUGACGGUUGAUGACGUGGCGAACGCGGUUUUGUUUCUGGCUAGUGAUGAGUCGCGGUAUGUGAGUGGAGAUAAUCUGAUGGUUGAUGGUGGGUUCACUUGCACUAACCACUCCUUUAAAGUUUUUAGAUGAUCGUUUUUUUAAUGUGCUCAUGAAUGUUGUGUUAGUGUCAAUGUGUGUCGAAUAAUAUAGAUGAUCGUUUUUUUAAUGUGCUCAUGAAUGUUGUGUUAGUGUCAAUGUGUGUCGAAUAAUAUAGCUGUGGAGCUUGUUGUUGUGAUUUUGAUUUUUCUCUUUAUGAUUGCUAUUUUAGCACUUGUAAAGAGUUUUUACAAAGUCAUGGAAGAAACAUAUUUGUUUGUUGUGUUACA